AACCGUGUGCGUUUCUGCGGCCGUCAUGUUGUUGGUGUGUUAUUUUCUGCUAAUAUCGCUGGUAAAUCGUUUUGACUUGUUAAGUCACACUUACGUGAACAGACACUGAAGAAGUGCAGACUACCACUGUUGAUUUGAUGCGUGUUUCUAAACGGCGGCGUCCACUGACUUCGAGUGUUGUGCCUUGCGGCGUACUCUUGGCGUGGUGAAGCCACGAGCGUCGAGGGAAAACCACGCAUCGUGAGCGAGCCAUGCAGGGUGUCCAGGUGACAUCGUCGCCGGCCAAGUCGUACACCAUCAAGGACAGGAUUGCCCAGAUCUACUAUAAGCAUGGCCUUUACUGCUCCAGCCACCCACUCACGCUCAUCAUAUUUGCGAUCUUCACUUUCAUGGUGGCCUGCUACCCGUUGUUGCACAUCCCACUACUGGGCAGCUCUUCGCAGCAGUUUGCCACUCCGAUCUCAGUCUACAGCGCCGAGCUCGAUGCUGAUUCUCAGAGAAUUGGCCCUCGUUGGUUCCAGGGUCCACCCGUGGCAUAUGUGCAGCAGAUAGUGGUGAAGGCAGCUGUGUCACCAUGGCAACCAGAUCUCCUGCUCAUGGAUGCCUUCCGCUCCCCACUCGCCGAGUCCUUCCGCAUCACAGAGAUUGUGGGGAAUCACCAGUUCAUGGACAGCAAUGGAACAAAGCACACCCUUCAGGAUGUGUGCCUUCAGGUGUCUGAGUCUAAGGACAAAGUGGCUGCGGCCUCGCUCCCUCAGUAUGGCUGCCUCAUCCUGUCCCCUACGUAUGUCUGGAAGCAGGACUACAAUAUCUUCCGGCACGACAGCCAACCUCUCAUGAGCAUCUUCAAUCAGAAGGAUGAGACUUCAAAUUCAUACUACCUGAGAGAGAUCCUCUUUGGUGUCCCCUGGAAAGAGACUGGCAUAAAGAAGUUCUGUGUGCGGAACAGGCAAAGGGUCAUUACUUUUGCCAUCACCAUUGUCCUGAAGAAGUGGGAGCCCAGUGUGGUGCACGCCCUUGAGGACAAGCUGCACCAGGCAUAUCCGGGGCACUCGCACAACUCGUCGUCCAAGGACCGAGAGCAGGAAGAAAUUGUGCAUGUCCAUUUCCAGUACCAGCACACGCUGGCUGAAUUUGUGCCCCUUGGCACAAUUUAUGUCAUCCUGUUUCUGUACAUCUACUACUCCGUCCGCAAGAUAGAGCUGGUGAAGUCCAAGUGGGCAAUAUCAGUGAGUGCAGUUCUCACUGUGGUCAUGUCACUAUUCAUGUCUGUUGGUCUCUGCCUUUGGUUUGGCCUGAAUCCUACAUUGAAUGGAAGCCCUCUGGUGUCACCACGGUCAUCCUGCCUCCCCAGUGAGAUCCUGCCAUAUCUAGUUGUUGUCAUUGGCCUGGAGAAUAUGUUGGUACUAACCAAGUCGGUGGUUUCAACUCCAGUGCAUGUUGGCGCCAAGGUUCGCCUUGCUCAAGGCCUUAGCAAGGAAGGCUGGUCCAUAACCAAGAACUUACUUACGGAGUUGCUUCUGCUGACCUUUGCUUUCCUGACCUUUGUUCCAGCAAUUCAGGAAUUCUGCAUGUUUGCAGUCGUUGGUCUGCUGUCAGACUUUUUUCUUCAGAUGGUCUUCUUUGCUACUGUGCUCUCCAUUGACAUCCAACGUAAAGAGAAAUCUGACUUGAAGAAGGGAAAGUCGGAGGCGUCAAAUUCAUGGACAGAUGAUGAGAAAAACAUAACAAACGCUGAAAACAGAAGCUCUGUUGGUGUACUGUACAGAUCACGGCGUUCUGAUGGCAUCCCUGUAAUGACGUACGGUGCUGGCCGAGCCAUGUCUAGGGUUUUUGCCACGCCCACGUCUCCAAUCUUGAAGCUGCCAAAACGACUUCGUUUGGUCUACUUCUGGGCUCGCAUGCGCCUUAUUCAGAGAGGACUCAUGCUGGGCCUUGUUGUCUGGGUUGUGGUGCUCAUCCAAAGCAUGGGAAUUGUCACGAAGCUAACUGACAACACUACCAAUUUGGGCCCCAACAUCGCUGAGUCAGUGCACCCAUUCAUACAGAUGCUCACUGGCCACAAUGGCUCCGAGGAAGCCUUGGAGGAAGCCCUGUCCUCACAGUCAUCAUCCUCGAAGGAGACCCUGCCCACCCACCAUGAGAAUGCCAACCUGCACCACACUAAUGCACGCCUCUGGGAGGAACUGCCAACAAAGCACUGGACCACCCUGUUUGGCUACUACAACAUCUCUGUGGCUGGCAGGUACAUAAGCAUCCUGCCACCCAUCUUUCUGUCUGUGCCAGUACCGGCCAGCAAGGCUGUUGAAUUGCGACAUGCGGACGACCACAAGACUGUUUUCCAUACUAAUUGGCGCAUCAUCCCCAACAUUGAUGCAGAGCAAGCAGAAAACGCGGUCAAUGGCAUGAUGCAUCCGGCAAGCCGUGCUGAGGCUACACUGGUGCUGGCUUUGUCCAUUCCAACUGUUCUCUUCAUCGUGUACCUGUUUGUGACCCUUUACCGGUGCAUGUGCUCACGCAACUAUGCUGAGUGGAGGUCCAGUUGGUCCAACCUGUAUCAGUCCCGAGACCCUGACACAUUUCUCAUCAUGGAUACCUACCCUAUUGAACUGCAAGGACACAGCCAGGAAAUUGAGUACAUGAUUACCGAGGACAACACGAUAGUCAGCUCCGACCUUGGUGGUGACGUCAGGAUUUGGGACUCCAAUACAGGAGAGUGCAUCAGCAUCCUCAAUAGAAGAAGAAGCAGACUGAGAAGACCAAAACAAGAGAACUAUACCCUGCGUGCAAGUGGCAGCUUCUCUUCGGAUUCUACUUACGGUUCGUCGCCUACAGAUUCUUGCGAUUUCGGCCUCGGCAGCCAGGUUGGCAAGGAGCACACACCUGAAUUUUUUGUGGGACAGAGCAGCCCAGCUGGCCUCUCCCCUGGCGUUGCACCCGAGGAGAUUCGCAGUAAAGGAUAUGACUUCUCAAGGUUUGUUACACCAUACUUGCAAAUGCCUUCAUCACCUCGAGAAGCUGACGACCGGGAGUUCGCAAUGCAUCAAAUAAGGGAGUUGCCGGGUGCCGGUGACGAACCAUCUGUGGUUACGGCAGCUGGAGGUGAUGUGCCGGGCAGGGGGUCCAACUCCACAGCAGCAACGAAUGUGGAGUUCCAACCCAUCUGGUGCAUGGGAUGCUACAGCCACUGGCUUGUCAUUGGGUGCCAGAAUGGCCGCAUUGAGCUCUGGCACAUGCCUACAGGUCGCCUCUGUGGCGUGUACACAGACAACACAGAUGGAGUAACUGCAGUUACAGUCUCUGGUCACAGAAUCAUCACAUCAAGAAUAAGCGGCAUUCUGGAGUGCUGGCACCUUGAAAUGUAUUGUGACCGGCGAUCAUCUGAUGUGGGCGGGGUUUGGGAGAGUGGAGAUCUGCAAGCCAAGCUGGUGUGGGUGAACAGUGUGCGUGCCCACACUCAGCCCAUUUCAGUCGUCUGUGUUGAAGGAGGACAGAUAGUCACUGGCAGCCUGGAUCGCCUGCUUAAGGUGUUUCGCUGCGACACAGCCAUGUGUGUGUACACACUCCAUGGUCAUUCUGGAGGCAUUUCUGCCAUCCACGUUGAAAAGCCCGGUGCCUCGACAGCAGUGAGUGGCUGCCAGGAUGGCCUGGUGUGCGUGUGGGACCUGAUGACCGGCACGUGUGCCUACAGCCUGACAGCACAUCGAGGCGCCGUCCUGUCGCUGCGCACCACUGGUCUCUACCUGCUCAGCCUGGGAGUGGACUCGCGCCUCCGAAUCUGGGAAAAGAGCCAGGGACACCUGCUGCACACGCUUUACCAGGCAAACACGCUGUGCAACACAAUGGCGCUUCUGUCAGAGACCAUUGUUAUCACAGCUAAAGAAGAUCACCUGGUUCUGUGGGACUUAAACCAGGGUGAAGCAGUGCAAGUGGUCAUGCUGGGACCAGGCGACUCGGGUGUGGCUGUUCACCAGGUGCAUUGCACUUCGGACGCAGUGGUGUGUGACUAUGGCCACAGCCUGUGUGUGGUCUACUUUCCAGCACUGAGCACCAAGUUUGACUGAUAGACCAGGACUGGGAGAACCUUCCGUGCCCUUCGCCAAAGAUCUCGUCAUGAGGCUGGAUACAGCCGAUAGUGGCCACAAACACAGACUAGUGUUGACAGGCUGCAUUGUCAGCAUGAAAACAAGGUUCUGAGCUUGCAUCACAACCAUUGCCUCAUAGUCGACACUAUGUUUGCUUUUUGUUUCACCUGCAUUGAGCCCAGGGAAGCAGCAGUCACGUUCACCAACUUGCCAAGAAUGACAGCCCAGUGUGCAGGUCAACACUCCAGCUCCAAGAAAACGGCAUUGACACCGCUGUGGCCACUGUUGCCAUGUGCCACUUGAACAACUGCAUGGCGCACGUUCUCAUCUCAUUAUUUAAUUUUCAUGCUGACAUUGCAGAUUCUGUCUUUCUCAUUAUUCCGGUCUCACCUUGUGCCCAUCAAGGUGCUCAUUGCGCCAUACUCGCAACUUGUGCGAUCAUUUGUGAGUGUGCCCAGAGUGCGUGCGAUGUCUUCAGAAGACCUAUAGAGUCACCUAUGGGAAAGCGCAUGACACUUUGCCAAGCACUUUCGACCACUCCACAUGUUGGCCACCACCGCAGGCAUCACCAUCAUCUUCACAUGUGCGGCCUCAUGAGGCCCUGCGUCAUCUUCGUGUUGGUGUUUGUUCAUCUCCACCUUCGUGCAUCUAUGAGCAGCAGUGGGACACAGCUGCACCCAGUGAGCUUUGACUGCUUUUGAAAGUACAUCUGGAGCAAAGUCUUUGGGCCCAUUUUUUGAACAGCUGGUGCAUCGCAAGAAAAGAGAGAGAGGUUUAUUUCUAAUGAGUGCUGAUACCUUUUGAAGGCUAUCAAACAGGUAAAGCUAAGUCUCCAUUUCAUAUCUAGGUUUGUUGAAGUGUCACCUAAUGUAAGACAGCAGCUCAUUGUGUUAGACGCCAUUGCUGCCAUGUCAAGCCUCGCUGACAGUUGUGCAAUUAGUGACUUGCUUGAAGCGAGAAGCAUGUGAUUGCGAAGUUCAGAAAACUCAAGUCUACCACAGAAGCAGUGGAGAUACCACUGCGGGCAUUCUACAGCUUUUUAAAUUCAUUAAUACUUAAUUGUUUUCAUUGCAACUUGUUCCCUCGUGGUGGUUCAGUUCCUUCGCUAACGCUGUAUGCCGAGUGCUUCUAAUGAGAAGACCUGCAAGCACUAGGAUGCACAAGUAGCAUUUGCAUUCUGCAGCUACCAUUUACAAGGGACCUUGUUUUUAAUGCAUUUGUGGACUUGUUUAAAAUUCAGUCUGCUGGUAUGACCAACUUAUUUAUUACUCUUCUCUUAGUAGCUUUCACUUUCAUUCUGUUCUUGUUUUUAGAAUGAGUCGAAGUUGUUUUUGUUCUAUUGAAUGAGUGUACCUGCUGUGUACAUUUUGCAACCAGCAUAUGUCAAGUGUACAUAUAUUGUAGCAUACCUUUUCGUGUUACGUUGUUAUUCCUACUGUGAUUCAGAUCUAUAACUAAUGGUAUUGCUGCACUUUUGAGAUAUGUGCGUGGUUUUCAUCUCACUGGGAUUUUAUGUCCUUUGAAGCUGUAUCAUGCUUUUGUGGACCUUGUAAUGCGUCCUGUUGUCAUGCCAUUCAAUGUAUGUCGGUACUAUGCCUCUUAUUUCCUUUUACCCAGGAUUGCAAUGUCUUCUGUUGAAAUGAUUUUACCAAACAGCCAGCCUCUUUGCAUAAGAUCCUGUAGUUUACUUCAACUGACCUACUAGUCUGCAUGUUGAUAAUAGCAUUGGAAUUACAUAUGGGACACUUUUUUUUUUUUUACAAUGAUAACAAUAUUUAAAGAAUUGUUUGAUCACUGCGAGGGUGCUUUCUUUACUACUUGUGCCUUCAAUGCAGAAGACACUAGGCGGAUGAGUAGUGGUCACCUUCUGUUUGCUAUUAAGGUCCAUGUUGCAAUGGCAGUAUUGCAGAGGAGCAUCGCAGAAGGCUGACAGAUAAUUUAAAAGUGCCAUUCAUUUUUUAGAUAUUCUAGACACAAUGUCACCUUUUCUCACUCCGAUUCUGCUGCAGUGCACAAAGAGUGCUGGGCUUGACACUGUCACGAUGCUUGAUGCUGUCAUGACACAAAGCAGCUCAUAAGUGCAAUGGGCUGCUUAGACUUCUAAUCCAUCAUUACGUUUCUGUAUCGCAAGUGAUGGUCCGUCACCAACAGAUGAGCUUCGCAAGAUAAGAGACAAGCACAGGCGGUGGAACCUGUUUUCUCAAAAAUAGAUCAAACAAGGCCGCAAGCACCACAUGGGAAGCAUUUCCAAUGCUCUUCAUAUGCGAUUUAGAAUCGGAAUUGAAAAAAGGUAAAUUUGCAUUGAUGAAUAUUUCAACAAUGAAUGACGUUAUCAAAGUCGCAUAACUGUUCUAGCAUCCCAUGAUGGCCCCCUGUAUUACUACCAUUCUAAUAUGACCUUUAAAGCUGGUAACUAGAAACGUUAAUCCUACUUAAUAAACAGACUGUGACAGUUACUUGUUCAUCUGUUGUCCACCACACUGAAAAGACCAAUAGUGAAGAAAGCAUCCUCGCAGUGGCUGAAUUCCUUCUUUAAAAAUUUUGAAGGUUAGUUGAAUGGAAUAUUUGGUCAUAUCCCACAAUGUAACUAGAAUUACAUGGUUCAAGACUCUGUGCCUGACUUACACUGAAGUUAUAAUAGAGUUGUGUGCAUGCACAGAGCAAAUCUGUUAAUUACAGAUGUCCUAAUUCAAGCUGACACUGAGAUUCUGUAAAAGUGCAAGGUUGGUGCUUUUUUUUUUUUUUUGCAGUAAACAAAUUGCAAACUGGUUAUUUCGUCUUGAUUUCUUACUGGAAUAGAUUGCUCCUCAUCAGAGCAUUUUGACAGAAAGAAAGAGCCAACACUUAUGAAAGACACGAAAGGACAAAUGCAGUGCAGUUCACUUAUAAAAUAUUCAUAAAACUUGACAAUCGAAUUGUUAUAAGCAAUCAUCAUUGUACCUAGACUGGACUUAGAAUAAGAGCGUUAAAGAAAUUGUGAAGUCAAAACUCAACGGGUUUAGUGCCAGUAACAUUGCAGCCCGCCUAAUUUGUCGCUGUGGCAGGCAUUAGGUGGGAAAAUGAAGUCCAAAAUGUGUGCUUACUUGGCAGAGCUUGACGCUCCCGUAAAAUAUUCCGUUACACAAGUUCUCUGGACUGCAUGAAAUUAUCUACCAUAUUGUGUAUUUAAUGUAGGGCAGUCUCUUGGAAUACUUUAUAUAUUAUGUCAGGAUCAUUUAGUUAAUUGAACUUGUUUAUUUAAUUACUUAUGACACCUUGAACACAUUUUUCCAGUCUAGGAUUUCAUCACUGCGCCCACUAUUUAAUGGUAGUCACAUCAUUUUAUCCACUCAAAGCAAAAGUUGAUGUUGCUUGAAGUGGAUGAUUACAAGCUGUAUAUUGUCUUAUAUGGUGUUAACAUAAGUGAAUUGCACUGUAGUGGAAAAGGUCACCAAUCAUUUAUUAGCAUCUAUAUGUUUCUUCACUGGUGAAGCUGCGUUUCCUUUGUUCAGUGUGUUGGAUGCUGCUGGACUUGAAGCACCUAACUUAGGUUCACACAAGUCACCUGUUAAAAAGAACAUAGCUCCUAUUGACUGAGAUUGUGUGUUUACCAGAUUUUCAUCUGGAUGGAAAUUUGGAUUAAGGAGAUUACGAUGUACAAGCUUUAGAGUGUGCAGAUGUCUUGAGUUUUGCCUGUAUGCUUGAACUGUGAAUUCAGCUGUGUGAACAGGCAGCAGUUCAGUGUCUGUCACCUGUGCAAAAAUUGUUUUUUAAGUUCUUGUCACAUUCUCAGCACACAUUUAGCUUUGUGAGCUCAUUGUGCUAUACUGCUUAUUCCGGUCUGUGAUGUAUACGUGAUGGGUGUAGCAUAUUGUGCAUUCCCGUGUCCGGUGUAAUGUGCAUGUUCUGGAAUAGGGGUUGAGUGCCAAGGUACUGCUGGGUCACUAAUGUUUGGCAAAGCUAGUGUCCAUGUGAUAAAAGUGAAAAAAAUUUUAAUUUUAGAAAAAAGAAGGAAGACCGCUGCUCAGUCUGAAGUAGGUCAGGAGUCGUGGCGUCAGUACUCCAAUUUUCAUUACUUUGUUGCUUGGCCAGGUUCGUCUUUGUUGGAUGUCGGCGCCUCUUAAAGGGGCCCUGAACAACUUUUUAUCCAAGUCGGGAAAUGCAUUUGAAGUUAAAAUAGGUUAUUUCAGAAAUACUUUGCCACAAGAACUACUUCAAUACAGUCAGCAAAGCGGAGUUAUUGGCAAUCAAAGGCCGCCUAUGAUCCCCUUCUUGGUGCUCCCGCUCCUUCUUCAAUGCCUUGCAUUGCGAAAGAUAUGGUGGAGCAGGGUGUGCUCACAAUGCUCUGCCUACUGAAUGUCACUGUGGAGCACAGUUCAAGUUUGAUUUUGGAUGUUCAUGUAGAUGCCACUAUUUCUGAUUUUGGCGUCUACGACGUGCCAAAUGUGGUUGUCCUCAGCGAGCCGCAGUGUGCUCAGCGAGCGGAUUUGUUGUGGCGGCCAUGGUAUCUACGCUAUAUAGUAGACCGAAGCUACAUUCCACUGUAGUGCAUAUACGCAGCCUUUGCUUUGUGCAUGACAGGGCUUGAGUGCAUGCUCGCACUCAUAUGCUCCAAGUCUGGCUGUUGUGCGUGGUGCAGACCGGCUUCAUUCUUCACCAGCUUGGGGGCCGAUGGAUAGUAGCAACAUCCCACUUGCGCAUGUUGAAGUGGUGUCAAUAGCUCAGUAUGAAGCGAAGUCUGCCAAGGUGUCUAGCCAGGAGCAGCCAAGAGUGAGCGCACGCUCACAAGUAUGUGUGUGGUCUGACCUUAAGUUUUCCGUGGUUUUAGACUAGUUGAGUGUUCAAAACUAGUUGAAAUUAGAAAGACUCGACGGCUACGACAUCGAUAAGCAGGGUGGCCAAAGUUUAAUUCCUACGCGGGCGGCCCCAGCUGAGCGUGAGCGUACGAUAGUUGGCUUCUUCUGAAAGUAUGUAAUUGUUAUUGAAAUUGGGAAGUAUAUUUUCGCUUACUUCAGCCUGUUUAUUAAAUUGCGUCAAUAAAUAUACACAGUAACAGUAGGAAGAAGCGCACUAAUCCAAAUACCCUUCUUGAUGUCAGCUAUUGGCCAAUAACAGCCACGUAUGGGAAUAUGCUAUAUCACGAAAUGUAGCAGCCUGUGGACUAACGGCAACAUUGAACCAUGUGUUGUGGGAGUGUGAAGCCAUCGGCUCCGCCUUCAGCGAGGAUACGUGGGCUGCGCUUUUGGGCAGCCUCGAACUCAACGACCAAACCCUGGCCAUCCAGAGUGCCCGCGAUCGGGCCGUCAAGCUCGGCUUGGCGGUCCCUACGUGGGACUAGCCGGGUGACACGAGGUCUCCCCUGUGUCUUCUCUGGACCUAAAUAAAGUUAUUUCACUCACUCACUUACCCAAAAAGAGUGAGGAGAAGGCUUCUGUUGAAAAGAGCGUUUGUGAAAAAGGUGACUUUCGCACUCGUGAGCUCCACGUGCCACGCAUGAUUGCAAAAUUUGGCUGAAAUGUUCACAGCAGCAUAUGCUAACCGCGGACUGUGUUUUGUCAACAAGCACGAGGGAUGGUUCAGGGCCCCUUAACUGCCCUAAUACAGUUGAACUUCAACAUAACCAACACUAAUGUAAGGAAUUACAAGAUACAACGAAUUGUCGGAUAUAUAACAAAGUAAAUAUAAAAUUCGGUUUGCCUUUAUUUGUGUCAGUUCGUGUUCUAUUGCUUUAACGAAACCAAAAGGGAAGUCAAAGCUGUCUCUUGCAAUAAAGUUUUUUUUUUUUUUUACGUGCACGUUUUUUAAAGUAAUAAGCUAUUAGUGAAAAGUUUAAAAUUUCGAAGAAGCAAAUCGUAUCUGCAUGGGUGCACAUGAGUCAUUCACCGCAGGAUAAUGGGUGUUCUGGAUGCUUGCACCUUCUAUAUAAACAUCUUACUGGACUUAUCUCGAGCAGAGGCUCAAAAUAUAACCUUUUAUGGCACAGGUGGUUCUACUUGUUAAUGGAAACAAUUGCCAACACUGAUAUUUGUGUGCACUUUUCUAGCAGAUAUAUUGCAUAGACUAGACAAAAUUUUGCUUUGUUUGCAACAUCAUUGCGUUGAUGUUUGACUGUACUAUAUUCUAGAACAUCAUGGAACCUUGAACCUGCAGCUGUUACUCAUAGUGUCAUGUUCUACAUGAAUAUAGGCCUUGACUGAGUGCCUUCUCAUGCCAGCCACAAUCUACGAGCUAGAAGAAAAAACGCUUUUGUUGAAUUACCAUUUUGAUGAUAGUAUUGCACACAAACAUAGAUUUCGGUAUAUUUUAGUGUACUUAUAGUGACAAAUUAUUUUCUUGCAUAACACCAUAUGUAUGUAGGAUCUGGCACCAGAUUUGCCCCAUUUUCAGAAAGUAGCACUUUUGAAGGACUGGCUGUAGAAAGUAUUGAACUAUGCAGAUGUGCAAUUCUUGUUUUAACACACACCUUUGGCAUGUUUGUUUUGUCUAUGUGUGUGCACUACAGGGCAUGGGUGCAAAGCAUCAAUUCUUUUCAUGCUGCUAAACAGGCAUUUGCAACAGGACUUUCUUCCCUGGCUCAGCACUUAGACCAUAUAUUUGGUCUGAAAAACGACAGGAUACAAAUUUGGGGCUUUUUCUUCAAUUUGUGAUGUAAAAGAAUUACAACGGGCUACUGUGUACAGAAUUAGAGCUAAAUGCGAGGAUAGCUAAGGCUACGAAUGAAAAUACGAGAUCAAAGAAUUUCCAGUCCUGCUUUUCCCGACUUUGCAUCUUGUCUGUGGCAUGGGCUUGGUUUAUCUUCUUUUUUAUCAUGUGGGGCUUGCUAAACAAUGUUCAUGUUGUGAGUGUGUGUGUUUCCGGUGUACUGAGAACAUGAUUUCGGAGUAUUAAUCUCCGAAAUGCCUUCUGGCACCUAACGUUCUUAAUUUUAUGGAGUGACUCUGGUGUUAUUGUGUACCUGGUACAGCUUGGCACUGACCAUGAGAAGUGUUUUAGUAGCGGUGAAGUGCAGAAGUGGAAACCUGCCAAGACCCCUGUGCAUUGGUUUGGGAAGUUCAGUAGGUGAUAUAAAUUUAUUCUGAGGAACCUUUCAUUGUUUCUUCAUUCUCGUUCACAAGCUCUCCGUCAAUUUCACUCAUGAAGUCUUGCGUAUGAUUUAAUUUAGCGAGAUAGUUUUUGUGAUUUUUUUUUUCUUAGCACAUCCUCCUAGCAAACGUGUCAGCUGCCAAGGACCUGUAGCAUUGCCUUUGCCUUGCCCGAUCCAACAUGUAGAAGUUGGAUCAAAUUUGCGCAGACGCAUUGGUUGCAUUGUGGGAGAAACAGAGCUAUUUUGCUGCAGUGUAUUUUUUGUGUCUCAUCCUGGCAAGACAUCAAAUUGCAUUUGUGCAGACUGGUUUUUUACUCGUAAUAAAUUAUAUAUAUUAUAUGC